AUGACAAAAGUUGAAUUUACGUCACGCUUUUAUUGUCACUCCAGUGAACGUCAAGGCCGAGACGAAAACGGUUGCAAUUGUCACAUCAUUUCCGCAUCGUACCAAUGUCAAGCGCUUCUUGUUACUGCUAAUCCAGGUCGUUACUUUUACAACUUUUUAGACGAAUUCAAAAAGGAAAUUCGCAACUUACUCUCACGUAGACAUGGCACAAAACGUGUGUUUGCCAGCAAAAUGUAUCAGAAAUAUAUUGCUCACAAGGAACAUAUUCAUGUGAAUGCAACACGUUGGAAUUCACUGAGUGUUGAUAAUAAUCCCAAAGCCUUGGCUAGACAAGCUUUCCUUCAGAAAAUGGAUAGAACGGAGAAAGAUGACGAGGAGCGGGAUUUGCAAAUGUUGAGGGAGCAAUUCGAAUAG